GGCACACAGAAGAUGAUUUUCCUUCUCCUUCUCUGGGGCAUUGAAAAAUACUUCCCAUACAAGGAGUUUGGCAUGGGACCAAGCUGUCCAGAGAUCAGUACAGCAGCACUGCCCUUCUGCAAAAUGAUGGAAGAGGAGACACACUAAAGGCAUAGAGAGAAACUGGGCACACGGACAUCUGGCUGAAGGCAAGGAAAGAGAAAUCCCAGCACCUGGGACAUAGAGAGUAUAAGGCGUAAAAACUCAAUUUAAAAGAAAGAAGACGAAACAGAAAAUAAUCACAAGAAGAACUGACAGUGCUGCUGUGUAUCUGCACCAGUAAUCUGAGAGACAGCGGUAAUGAAAUGGGAGUUGGGAACAUGGCCAGCUAAACACCUAACAAAAUCAGCUGAGAGGGGGGUGCCGAGACGGGGAAGGGAGUGCUGUGUUUCUUCCAGAUGUUGGUGAAGAGUCAGCUGGAGCUGUAGUAGCAGGAAGCAGCAGUAACUUAGCAAAGAGAUCCAAAUUACGUAGGAUUAAGAACAAGUCAAUUUGUUACAUCCGGCUGGAGCUUUCUCCUCUGCCCCAGGGACCAGGAAUCAAGCUCCUGACACAGAAUGGGCUCCAGCAGCAUCCUUUCUGAUGGAUUCCUAAGACGGUUCUUGUGUCUUGGAGGGACCUAGGAGCUGUAUCCAGAAACUCCAUUCUUUUCACCAAUGCAAGAUAAUGUCUCUGAUGUUUGGGAAACCCAGAGCUCUUAAUGCUUCUCACUUCUCCUCUUCACAUGAACGUAGUCCACACGCAGAAUGCAACCUGGUGCUGCUGGGGUGUCGAGGAGCUGGGAAGUCAGCAUUGACUGUGAAGUUCCUGACCAGACGAUUUAUUAGUGAAUAUGACCCUUAUCUUGAGGACACAUACAACUCAGAAGAAGUGGUAGACCAUCAGCCAGUUCUUGUACGAGUAAUGGACACAGCUGAUCAAGACCGGCCAGUGAAUCCUGAACGGUAUUUAAGCUGGGCUAAUGCUUUUCUAGUCGUGUACAGCAUUGAUAACAAGAAGAGCUUCGAGGGCUGUCUUCAAUACUUGGAGAUAAUCUCUCAGUACAACAAAGGAGCAGUACAUGAGAGCCCAGUUCUGCUUAUAGGAAACAAGCUUGACAUGGAACGGUACAGACAGGUCAGUAAAGCAGAUGGUUCAGCUCUUGCCUCCCGUCAUGGCUGCCUGUUUCGGGAGGUGUCUGCUUGCCUGGAUUUCCGAUUGGUGCAGCAGGUGUUUCAUGAUGCUAUACAUGAGGUGAGGAGAGAUGCAGACAGGUCUGCUCAUAUUAGACCUCCAUUGUACAUCAGCGAAGAAAGGGCGCUGCUUGGUCUACCUCCCUUGUCCUCCUCUGCAACGUCCAGCCGUCAUGGCAUGCCUACCUUAAGCACCCUUUCUCCACUAAGUUACAAAGAGAUCCCUUCUGUGGCUCAAGCCAAACUUGUUACCGUGAAAUCAUCCAGAGCCCAGAGCAAACGUAAGGCACCCACGCUGACCCUCCUUAAGGGGUUUAAGAUUUUUUAAUGAUAAAAAGGCCAUACCUCUU